CCAUUGAUCGGAAAGAAAGGGAAGAAACGGAAAAGGGAGCAGUCGAAAGAGAAGAAAAGCGGGGGAAGGAAAAGAAAAGAAGGAAGAAGGGAAGAAAAAAGCCGCCAUGGCGCCCAGAUUAUCAGCGACGUGUUCGCCGCUGGCCCCCGUGGUCGAUGCGUGCCUUGUGCAGUCCUGCAAAUCACAAUCGGUACCGUUCGCGCGGACCUUCAGCUCGACGCCGUGUCGCCAGAAGAUGAGCCGGGCUCGGCAGCAGAUGUUCCAGUGGCUCAAUGGCAGGGAGGGCUCAGAGUUUGCCGAGCCGCGAGGGCCAAAGUACCUGGGGCCGCUGCAGGAUCAGCCGUUUCCCCUCAACCCGCUGUUCCGGAGCCAGCCGGUGCUGGACGAGCACACGAGGGAGCUGAUAUGGGACAAGGUGAUGAAGAGGGGCGAGUCGCUCAAGGCGGUGUCGGCGGAGAUGGGCGUCGAUGUGAGGAGGGUGGCGGCUGUGGUAAGGCUGAAGGAGGUUGAGAAGCAGUGGCAGAGAGAGGGCAAAAAGCUGGCAACUCCCUAUGCCAAGGCCGUCAUGAACAUGCUGCCCAAGACGUCGUACCGCGAGGGCGAGAAGAACCUGCCGCACGAGCCGGUCAACGAGAUCCACGUCCACAAGCUGACGAUGCAGCAACUCUUCGUGCCGGUGUCGGAGUCGCGGCACUUUACCCGAGAAGACGCCGCCAAGGCCUUCCACGACAGCAUGCUGUCCGUUGACGCGCGAUCACCACAGCCCGAGCUCAUCAAGAUGGAGCGGGAGAUUCUUAACGGCAAGAGCCGGCAAGAAAGCCUGGCCAAGUUCAAGGAGGCGACGCAGAACGAGGAGGACAGGGUGGCGCGGCGCAUCGCGGGCGAGCAGCGGAGGGAGGAGGAGGCGACGACGAGGGUCAAGACGGACCGCUACGAGUUCCGCUUCAAGGAGAUCAACGCAGAUGAUGUGGGCUACAACGGCCGGUCAAGGAAGGGCACCGGCUGGAGGUAUGGAGCGCCGUUUGAUGAUCGCAAGCGUGGGCUGGUCAAGAUUCCUACCUCUGUGCCUUGA